GCCUUUAACACACAGCAAAGCCAGAAAGACCAUCCCAACCUCGGCUUUGGGGCGGGGGGUGGACUGGGGUUUCUUUUUUUUAUGUCUAUUUGCCAAAAAAACAAAACAAAAUCCAAAAAACCUGCAGUUAAGGCAAACCAAGAACAACACCUUGCGUGCAACAUCUGUGCUCUGCUAGCUCUGGAGAUGGACAGAUGUCAGGGGAAGCACCGACAGUACAUACAGAGCAAAGACGAGACAGAGGGGGCUGCCAAAGUAGAGGAGUCCCCGAUAGAAGUGUAGCUUGUGUUAACGGCAGUGGUAGGAAUUGGUGAAGGCUAGUGUGCUUCUGGGACUGGGGCUUUUGCCCGCCUGCACCAGGAGGGAUCGUCCACCUCCGCCAGCCUGGAGCAUCAUCUACACGUCUCCCCAGGCAGCUGCGGCCACCUGGCUUCUGAGGCCAGCCUGAUGGCGGAGCCUCGCUUUAACAACCCCUACUUCUGGCCGCCCCCUCCCACCAUGCCCAGCCAGCUGGACAACUUGGUUCUGAUCAAUAAAAUCAAGGAGCAGCUGAUGGCAGAGAAGAUCCGGCCCCCUCACCUGCCCCCCACCUCGGUCUCCUCCCAGCAGCCCCUGCUGGUGCCCCCCUCGCCUGCAGAGAGCAGCCAGUCCAUCAUGUCCCUCCCCAAACUGCAGCAGGUCCCAGGGCUGCACCCACAGGCCGUCCCCCAGCCUGAUGUGGCCCUGCAUGCUCGGCCGGCCACCAGCACGGUCACAGGUCUGGGGCUGGCCUCCCGUGCCACUGCAGUCAGCACCUCGGAAUCCAGCACUGGCACUAGCACCCCCUCCACCCCCACCUCCACCAGUCAGAGCAGACUCAUCGCCUCCUCGCCCACCCUCAUCUCAGGGAUCACCAGCCCCCCACUCCUGGACUCCAUCAAGACAAUCCAGGGCCACAGCCUGCUGGGGGCGCCCAAGUCAGAGCGAGGGCGGAAGAAGAUCAAGGCGGAGAACCCGUCGGGGCCGCCCGUCCUCGUGGUGCCCUACCCCAUCCUGGCCUCGGGCGAGACCGCUAAAGAGGGCAAAACCUACAGGUGUAAAGUCUGCCCCCUGACCUUCUUCACCAAGUCAGAGAUGCAGAUCCACUCCAAGUCGCACACAGAGGCCAAACCCCACAAGUGCCCGCACUGCUCCAAAUCCUUCGCCAACGCCUCCUACUUGGCCCAGCACCUGCGCAUCCACCUGGGCGUGAAGCCGUAUCACUGCUCCUACUGUGAGAAAUCCUUCCGCCAGCUCUCCCAUCUCCAGCAGCACACCAGAAUUCACACUGGUGACAGACCCUACAAGUGCCCACACCCUGGCUGUGAAAAGGCUUUCACGCAGCUCUCCAACCUCCAGUCACACCAGCGACAGCACAACAAGGAUAAGCCCUACAAGUGUCCGAACUGCUACCGGGCGUACUCGGACUCGGCAUCGCUGCAGAUCCACCUCUCUGCACACGCCAUCAAACACGCCAAGGCCUACUGCUGCAGCAUGUGUGGGAGGGCCUACACCUCGGAGACGUAUUUGAUGAAGCACAUGUCCAAACACACCGUGGUGGAACACCUAGUGAGCCAGCACUCGCCUCAAAGGACGGAGUCACCCGGCAUCCCAGUGCGGAUCUCGCUCAUCUAAUCGGGGGCUUCCUCGCCCACCCCUACCCUGCGCAGCUCUCCUCCCCCCAAUUCCGGAUCGCCAGGGGCCAGGGGGCGGCUUGGAGACGAUCACACAGACCACCCCCCAGCACCGCCACUGAGUGCCCGCGCCUGCCAAGCCACGGGGAGCGACUGCGAAGACACUCAUCUUUUGGGAGAAAUUAAUGAAUGAAUUAAUGUUUGGAAAACACCCCUCGGCCCUGGCCCCGCCCCCAGCACCCUGCCGGGAGAGCCAGGGACUCAUCCACAGUUUUGGUGACAUCCAAAGACUAUUUCAGAGCACUUUGAAUCUCUGUGUUUGGUUUCUUCAUUUUCUUUCUUUUUUUCCCUUCUUUCUGCCCCCGCCCCUAUCCUCCGUGCUCCUUCCUGCUCUCUUUUGGAUACAAGUAGAUAUAUAUAUUGGCCAAGAAGUUGGUGCUGCUAAAACCGAAAACCCGAACUGGACAGAGAAGUGCUGGAUGGCGUGGCGGGCAGGAUCCAGGGCCUGGCACUCGGGCUCCUACAGCCUCAGGAUGAGACUCUGGGAUGUGACCAGCCUGGCGCUUGGUAUCAGCUGCCCCUCCUGGACUCUCCGUCGGGAGCCAGCGUGAGAGGGGAAUGGGUUAACCUGUUGGCUGGAGAGGUGAGAUCUGGUGGCUCGAGCAGCAGCCGCAGGAGGGAGACCUUUGUUCCACAGACGUGGCCGUUCCCCGCUGGGGCUCGUCCCUCUGCCGCUUUGUCUAACCUCCUCGUUGGGACGUUUUGGUUGUUUCCUUUUGUUUGUUUCAUUUGUCCUCGUUCGAGCUGCACAGGACUGGCUGGCCCCGCGGCCACGCCGUGGUCCGUGCACAUUUCACCCGCGCCCUCCCCCGGUGGUGCGAGGAAUCGCUGCUGGGGCUCGCCCGGCUGGGGUAGGUGUGGGGGCUGCCAGAGGAGGUGCUCAGCCUACGACAGGGACACAGCCGGGGCUGGCCAAGAUCAUCGAGGGCAGGGCUGGCCAUGCCUGUGCGGAAUCGAGAUGUAGCCCAUGGAGACCACAGGUCCCAGCAUGCCGUGCUCUAGGUUGAGCUAAGCAGUAUCCCACCAGAUCAGGAAAGCGCAUUGCCUGCUGGGAGCUGUAGUCUGUAGGAUUGGGACAGCGAGUCAGGCAGACUGGCCAGCCCUGGUAUAGUCUCAGCUGAGGGUGCCCCUUUCCAGACCCCAGCUCUGCUAGGCCAGCCAUGGCAGAUGGGAGUGGAGGGGCACUUUGGCCAUGGUGCUGAGGAUCGGGGGAUGGGGGGGCAUGACAUUUCACAGCAGGAGUUUGGGAGCCUCAGCUGCCCACAGUCCGCUGCCUCCCCACCCCACCCCAAGUCCACCUGGUGCUAACUAGGGAUUGUCCUGAGCUAUGAAGGGGCGUUUGCUAAGGAAGAGCGAGUGUGAGAGGGGGGAGGGGGGCACUCGCCGCAGGUUAUGCUCUUUGACGUGGAUUAUUUUUCAAUCUCUCUUCCCCACUAUGGGCAUCUAGUGCUGCUGCUCUGGAACCCGGGCAUCACCGCAGCCCAGGCUAUCAGGGUUUCCAGAGUGGCAGCAGCCAGGGGCAAGGGGGCAGCCUGGGGUCUCCUCUCUCUCUCUCUCUCCGUUACCUCCUGGAUCCUGUGUUUGCUUAUCAAAGGGCUGGGCCCCAGGCAGAGUGUUGCGUGUGGGAGAGGGGAGUCCGCCCCAUGGCAGUACAACGGGCCCCUGCCCCCCGGCUCUGCCCCUCCCUCCAGGUUCCCAGCAGGGCACUGGCAAGCGCUUUCUGCACUGUCACAGGAUUCACAUAGAAACCCCGUGUGGUCCCUGAACCCUGCAGUGAGGCUACUGCUGGCUCAGCCCCUGGGGCUUUGGAGCAGUCGGUUGCUGUGGCACCAGUCAGCUGCCGUGAGAAUUUCCCUGUCUCCUGCUGUGUCUGUGCAGGAUGGUAAUGAAGCCACCUGCAGAGCACCUGUUGGCUGGCACCGUAACACCUGGAACAUCUGCUGGCUGGGCACAGCUCCCGUUAGCCCUAUGCACACUAGGGCCUGUGACUGGCUCCAUUUCUGGCCCAGCUGUAACCCCACCCAUGCACAGAGCACCUGUCAGUUGUUCUGAACUUGGCUGACCCUACCUGGGCUCAGCCGGGACCCUGGUUUGGCCUGUAGCUUGUGCUCUGAAACAGGGCCGGUUAGAGUCAGGUUUGCGGGUCACUUGCACACCGGGCUGUACUGAGCACAGGGGAGAUCAGCAGGAGAGUGCAGGGGAAAGCCUGUGUUGCCCCCACUCCCUGCUGCUGGCAUCGGAGGUGAGCUGUGAGCACCGCUUGGAUCUGAAAUUCUGAUUCACUGAGGUCUGAUUCUGCUGCCGUGACGAAGCUCUCCCAGAGGUUAGUGGGGCAGGACGAGGCUGUGAGCCCCCCGGCUCCGGGAUGCAGGGAACAAACCAGCUCCCCCCUGAGCAAACUAAAACACUAAAGAGGAAGAGGAAAGCCGGCGUGCGCUGGGGGCUGUGCCCAGUAGCAGGGACUGGCAGUGCCUGAGGGGGUUGGCGUGCUCUGUCCUGGGACCGGGGGGCUGGUCAGACGGGCGAUGGGAGAAACGCAGAGUGGUCUGUAUUCCCGGAGCAGCGUUCCUUCCCCACCUCCCCGGCACCUCCUGGGAAUCAGCCCCCCAGCAGUGCAGUCCCAUGGCAGGGAACCUUGGAGCGGGUUAGGAGGGAGAAGUCCAGCAACAAGACAUGAGGCCCUUCCCUUCUCUGGGGUCAGCCCAUUGGGUACAGUAGUGGUACCACCGGCAUGGAUCCCACUGCCCUCCAUGUGAUUCCCUCGGGUCACCUGGGGCACCAGCUUGAUCUCUGGCCUUUGGGGGACUGAGCUGUUUUGGGAGCUGCAGAGCCUGCUCUCAGGCCAGAUGGACUGGAGGGGGAUUCCGCCAGCCGAGGGUGCUGUGGAUCUGCCUCUCUGCCCUGCAGAAUCCCAUAUACCAGUCACCGAGAAGCAAAUGCAGCAGGAAGAAUGAUUUGCAAUGUGUAAAUACCUCCAGUGCAGCAGCUUUGGAGGGGCCUGGCCCAGCCAGAGUCAACGGCAGCAGCAGGCCUUGCAGGGAACAAAUACACUAGGGUGGGAGCUCAGAGCUAACAGCUCAGCAGGGCCAGGAUAGGGUCUAGGUAGGAGUUGGGACUGAUGGAGACCUCACCACUGCUCCAGCUGGUAGCAUUGGCUGGCUGCUCAUGCACUACCCAGCUUCUCCCAGCAGGAGGCGCUGUGAGAGAACAUUCUCCCAAGCAGGAGGUGAUACAGCCACCUGUGGCCACUUAAGCCUUUCACUGCCAGAACAGAAACCCUCCCAACCAUGAGAGAUUUAUAAAAGCAGAGCGGAUCCAUCCCAUCCCUCUCCCCCCCACCCCAGCAGCAAAUCAUAGAUCCCUUCCUGUUGGGUGAAACCAAUUCAAUAUAGUAUUAAAAAAGCAGCAAGCAGAUGGGCUUGCCCUCCUUGCCAGCCUCCCUUUGGAAAGCCAUGCCCAUGCCUGUGUGUGGAUGGAUACAUGGAGUUAUAUAUAUAUAUAUAUAUACACACACACAUACACAUAUGUGUGUGUGUGUGUAUAUAUAUAUAACACCUACGUAUAGAGAAGGAAGAAUGCCCCACGUCCCCCAGCCCUCCAAGAAAGACUAGACAAAAACUCAUAUAUAUUAUGUACUCUUUGGUUCCGUUUUGGAUAUUAACUGUUAUUUUUAUACACUUUUUAAGCCUUAACUAUAUCAUUGUUUUACCAGGUUGUUUGUUUAUUGCCUACUCUGUUUAUUAAUUUGAUUCUCUUUUUACCCUGCCCUCUGCCCUGACCUUUGUUUCUGAAUCGAUGUUGUACGAUAUUCAAUAUUGUAACCUUUUUGUCAGCAUGUUAAUACUGUGUAAAUAUGCCUCUUAUACAUACUGUUAACACACCUUUUUUUUUCUUUUUUUUUUUCUAUAUGAAAAUCCAGGCCACGUGUCUCUAGAUCUAGUUAUUACCUUAUUAAAAAAGAAAAAAGGAAAAAAAAAAGGAUUCUCCCUCCCCCUUCUCUCUGUCUCGCAUUGUGGUUAACGGAAAGACAUGAGGAGGCUGCGGCUUCCGUAUGGAAAGUUUGCAUUAUGUUUAAAGAAAAAGAAUUUAAAAAAAAAAUCAAAACAAUUUUGCUCUUUGUAUUUCUGUUGUGAAACAAAAUAAACUGUACAUGCAAACUUCUGAA